ACAGCUGAUGCGAAGAUGAAGACUAUCGCUUGCUUUGCUGCUCUUGCCUUUGUGUUGGCAUUCUCUUUCAACGUAAAUGGCCAUGCCAUCGAUAUUGAUAGGGUGAGAUCAUCUCACGAUGACGCCUUCGAAAUUGACAUUAAAAUUAAAUCUGAAGCAUUAGAAGAACCAGAGCAACCUGAAGAUCCCAGAGCUCCUGAAGAUCCAGAAGACCCCAGAGCUCCUGAGGACCCAGAAGACCCAAGGGCUCCUGAAUAUCCCGAAGACCCCAGAGCUCCUGAAGAUCCCGAAGACCCCAGGGCUCCUGAAGAUCCAGAAGACCCCAGGGCUCCAGAAGAUCCUGAAGACCCAAGAGCUCCUGAAGAUCCCGAAGAUCCCAGGGCUCCAGAAGAUCCCGAAGACCCUAGAGCUCCUGAAGAUCCCGAAGACCCUAGAGCUCCUGAAGAUCCAGAAGACCCCAGAGCUCCCGAAGAUCCAGAAGACCCCAGAGCCCCAGAAGAUCCUGAAGACCCCAGGGCCCCAGAAGAUCCUGAAGAAACACGACCAGCAGUUGCCGAACCAGAAGAUCCAGAGGAUCCAAGGGCACCUGAAGAUCCAGAAGAUCCCAGGGCUCCCGAAGAUCCAGAAGACCCCAGGGCCCCCGAAGAUCCUGAAGAUCCCGAAGACCCCAGGGCUCCAGAAGAUCCUGAAGACCCCAGAGCUCCCGAAGAUCCAGAAGACCCCAGGGCUCCCGAAGAUCCCGAAGACCCCAGGGCUCCUGAAGAUCCCGAAGACCCAAGGGCUCCUGAAGAUCCAGAGGACCCCAGAGCUCCCGAAGAUCCAGAAGACCCCAGAGCCCCCGAAGAUCCAGAAGACCCCAGAGCCCCAGAAGAUCCUGAAGAACCACGACCAGCAGUUGCCGAACCAGAAGAUCCAGAGGAUCCAAGGGCACCUGAAGAUCCUGAAGAUCCCAGAGCUCCCGAAGAUCCAGAAGACCCCAGGGCCCCCGAAGAUCCUGAAGAUCCCAGGGCUCCAGAAGAUCCUGAAGAUCCCAGGGCUCCAGAAGAUCCCGAAGAUCCUAGAGCUCCUGAAGAUCCUGAAGACCCCAGAGCACCCGAAGACCCAGAAGACCCAAGGGCUCCAGAAGAUCCAGAAGACCCAAGAGCUCCAGAAGAUCCAGAAGACCCAAGAGCACCUGAAGAUCCAGAAGAUCCCAGAGCUCCUGAAGACCCAGAAGACCCAAGGACUCCUGAAGAUCCCGAAGACCCCAGGGCUCCAGAAAAUCAUAUUCUAGAAAUUGACAUUCAAAUUAAAUCGGAAGUAUUAGAGGAACCAGAGCAACCAGAAGAUCCCAGAGCUCCUGAAGAUCCAGAAGACCCCAGAGCUCCAGAAGAUCCAGAAGACCCCAGAGCUCCUGAAGAUCCUGAAGACCCCAGGGCUCCUGAAGACCCCGAAGAUCCCAGAGCUCCUGAAGAUCCCGAAGACCCCAGGGCUCCAGAAGAUCCUGAAGACCCAAGAGCUCCUGAAGAUCCCGAAGACCCCAGAGCUCCUGAAGAUCCUGAAGACCCCAGGGCUCCUGAAGACCCCGAAGAUCCCAGAGCUCCUGAAGAUCCCGAAGACCCCAGGGCUCCAGAAGAUCCUGAAGACCCAAGAGCUCCUGAAGAUCCCGAAGACCCCAGAGCUCCUGAAGAUCCCGAAGACCCCAGGGCUCCAGAAGAUCCCGAAGACCCCAGGGCUCCAGAAGAUCCUGAAGACCCAAGAGCUCCAGAGGAUCCAGAACGACACAGAUAUUAAUUAAAUCAAUUUCUACUAAAAGCUGUUUCUCAGAUACAUAUAGAGAUUCAUGUAGAUACAACAAGUUCUAAUAACAUGUAACAUCCAUUAAUGUUGUAAAAAUAAAAGCUUAAAUGGAUA